GGGCGGGCGGGCGCUGGCGGAACCCGAGGAAUCCCGUUUCUGCGAGGCAAGCGCGGUGCCCCUUUAGGGCCCCCUAGAGGCCGAUCCGAGAAGUGAUCCGAGCCAGCGCCACAAACACUCCUCAGAGGCAGCUCGGUACCGCCCGGAUCCAUCUCGGAGGGGCUUCGGGGGUCACGAAUCGGGAUCCAUUUCCACCCAGCCCCACGUUGCCAUUUCCCCGUCGCUUCUGCGCUCAAGCAGGAGUGCCCAUCAGAAGAAGAAAAAGCUGUUUGUAAUUCCAGCACCGAAAAACCCUCCCCAGCCACGGAGAUGCCUGUUGCUUCGACCAACUCCGAGACAGCCAUGCAACAGGUCUUGGACAACCUCAGUGACCUCCCCAACUCCAUGGGAGCAGGGGAUCUGGAUCUCAUCUUUCUCCGUGGCCUCAUGGAGAGUCCAAUAGUAAGAUCAUUGGCUAAGGCUCACGAGCGACUGGAGGAGACGAAGCUGGAAGCUGUGAGGGACAACAACUUGGAGCUGGUGCAGGAGAUUCUCAAAGACAUCUCUCGCCUUGCCCAGCAAGACAGUACCGCUGCUGAAUUGGUUCACAUCCUGCAGGAGCCUCACUUCCAGUCUCUCCUAGAAACCCAUGAUUCUGUUGCCUCCAAGAGCUACGAGACUCCACCACCCAGUCCUGUCCUGGACCCCAUGUUCAACAACCAGCCAGUACCUCCAGAUGCUGUGCGCAUGGUGGGGAUUCGUAAGACCGCUGGGGAACAUUUGGGUGUGACUUUCCGCGUGGAGCGAGGUGAGCUGGUCAUUGCACGCAUCCUGCAUGGUGGCAUGAUUGAUCAGCAGGGGCUGCUGCAUGUGGGUGACAUCAUCAAGGAGGUGAAUGGGCAAGAGGUGGGCAGUGACCCACGGGCCCUGCAGGAGAUGCUGAAAAAUGCCAGCGGAAGUGUCGUCCUCAAGAUCCUUCCCAGUUACCAGGAGCCACACCCACCACGCCAGGUGUUUGUAAAGGCUCACUUUGACUAUGACCCAGUCACUGACAACCUCAUCCCAUGCAAGGAAGCUGGGCUGAAAUUUAUUGCCGGAGACCUUCUCCAGAUUGUCAACCAGGAUGACCCCAACUGGUGGCAGGCCUGCCAUGUGGAAGGGGGCAGUGCGGGACUGAUCCCAAGCCAGCUCCUGGAGGAGAAGCGCAAGGCAUUUGUGAAGCGUGAUCUGGAAGUCACACCAUCAUCAGGUGCAUUGUGUGGAAGCCUCAGUGGGAAGAAGAAGAAAAGGAUGAUGUACCUAACCACAAAAAAUGCAGAAUUUGACCGCCAUGAACUGCUGAUCUACGAAGAGGUGGCACGCAUGCCUCCAUUCCGCAGGAAAACCUUGGUGCUCAUCGGUGCCCAGGGGGUCGGCCGGCGCAGUCUGAAGAACAAGCUUAUCAUGUCUGAUCAAGCUCAGUAUGGAAUCACCAUCCCAUACACUUCGCGGAGGCCCAAGGAGCACGAAAAGACUGGGCAGGUGUAUUGCUUUGUGACUAGGAGUGAGAUGGAGGGGGACAUCAAAGCAGGUCGCUACCUGGAGCAUGGCGAGUACGAGGGGAAUCUCUAUGGGACCAAGAUUGAUUCUAUCCAUGAAGUUGUGGAGUCAGGCAAGAUGUGCAUUCUGGAUGUCAAUCCACAGGCCGUGAAGGUUCUGCGGACAGCAGAGUUUGUCCCCUACGUGGUGUUCAUUGAAGCCCCAGAUUUCGAGACUCUGCGAGCCAUGAACAAAGCAGCUCUGGAGAGCGGUGUGGCUACCAAACAGAUGACGGAUGCCGACCUGAAGCGGACGGUUGAUGAAAGCUGCCGAAUCCAGCGGGGCUACGGGCAUUACUUUGACCUCUGUUUAAUCAACGACAACAUGGAACGGACAUUCCAGCAGCUGCAGGAAGCCUUGGAGAAGCUGCACAGUGAACCACAGUGGGUCCCCGUCAGCUGGGUUUACUAGAGGGGAGUUCCCUCUUCUCCUCUUCUGCCCCCAGCCUUGGGGCUUUGGCUUUCCUGUCCCCCCAUUUUGCCAAGGAACCCAACAGUCUCGUUUGCCCCUGGCAAGUCUCCUAAUUGCCACCUGUCCCUUUUCAGCAGUCACAUCCACCUGGGUAGCCCCUGGGAAGAGGCUGUGCAGAUGAAACAAAGUUGGCUUUAUUAGCUCUUAAAGAGAAGGUACUUCCUUAGUCCAUUCUAAUACGCCUCCAACCAACCACAAACUCUUUUAUACUGCCACAAAUGGGUGAGUGUCCUCUGUUUCUCCAUCACUGACAACAGGAAGCCCUUUAAUGAAGAAUUCAUGCAGGGUGGGGAAGUGAGCAGGGCUACCAAAUACCCACAAUGCCUUGCUACAUCUGCUCCCCCUGAUUGUCUUGUCAGGUGGGGUGGGAAUUCAGCAUCUCUCAAUUCACAGCUAACUCACUGCCAAAAACUCUGCUUUGUAGAUGGACCCAGUCUUGAUAUUGCCAAAAGAACUACCAGCCUGGGUUUCUUUCCCACUGGAAAACAAAAAAAGAAAAAAAACCUUGCCUCCAUAAAGGCACGGUCUGUGCAAUACCAUUGCAAGGUUUUGUGGGAUAUUAAAGGGUGUCCAUAAAAGGUUUGUGACUGCAAAAAUAUGACAACAUGGCCUUGUGGUGGGAGCUUUGGUCUGUAAUCUAAAGCCUCGGUAUCGGUUCCUGGCAGUGAUACGCCUAAUGAUGGCGAAUGGGUCUUUUGGCCUCAGUUUUGCUGUCAGUAAAAUGGAGGUAAACAACUUAUUUACACAUCAUGAGGAUGUUUGUGAAGGUAGAAUCCCUCACUGCGAAGAGCUAAGCAGAUGGCUGCUUUUUGACCUGAAGUGGUUUGAGGCAGGUUUUGGGCCUCUGGAGAUGUGCCACCAGCACUGCUUGGACCUUCAUCAGCCUCCCCAGACACUUCUCUUUCUCUGAGCGCUUAGGGGGCCUCUGCCAUUCAAAGUAAACAGUAUUAGGUAAGAUAGAUCAACAGUCUGGCUCAAUAUAAGAAAGCUUCAUAUAAAGGCUUGGUUCACACAAUUGUUCAAAUCUAGGUAUAAAGCUGGUAACCGACAUUAGCUUGAUAAUGUGAACCCAUGCCAAGAUAACCAAUGCUGGUUAGUGUCCCGAGAUAAGUCUUACAUUCCCACCUUGGCAUUGGUUCACACAAUCACACGAAUGGCAGUUACCAACUUUUAGUCCAUGAGCCAGACCCAUAAAUUUUGGCCAUUGGUACCAUCCCAGGGGAUGAAUGCUCAGUGAUUUGGUGCAACAUCUACCUCGCUGGAGAUGGAAUAUAGGUGAUAGCAUUGUUGCACUCACAGCUUUCUCUGUGUGAGCACCCCUUCUUUGUCCCUACCCUUAAACAAUUAAAGUAAAAUUGCAGUCAUUUUUGCAGAGAGGAAAGGGUUUGGUUCAGGAUUAAGGUAACUAUGAACAAAUGUACUCUCUCCAUGGAGUGAUCUUUGGAGGAUAUUCCUGCCUAUUUUCAUUUCCAUUCCUCUGACAACUUCGAUAAAAUUUUAUAGUAGUUUUUGUGUUAAAAAAAUGUUUUUAAGCACCAUUGCAAAUUUGGCCGCUGCCAAUCGGAGGGUCAGGACAAUAAAAGCACGAUAAUGCACUGUCUUGCAAUGCUUUCACCUAUUUUCCAUCUCUAGCGGUGUAGACCUUAUCAAACAUCGCAAUAAGCAUUCAUCCCCACAGAUGUUACUGACCUUCCCAACUAGCUCAUUUAAACCUAGAUUCGAAUGAUUGUGUGAACUAGGCCACUGUCUUGUACAUUUAGCUGUGAGGUGUUUCCCCACCAGUCUCUCUAAAGCUGACGCACCCACAGGAAAGCUGCAUGAGGAGGCUUAAGGGGGAAGGAAUAAAACUGGUACUGAUCCUCAGUCAGAAUCCUUAUGGCUGCUGCCUGUCCUAGUACCUGAUGGUGCUCACUAUGUGACCCUCUGAUCCUGCCUCCAGUACCUUCCUGUUGGGUAAGACAAAUAGCCUCCAAACAGAGGUGAUGGACAGACCAUAAUCCAGGCCUUUGGUUCUCUAAACCUUGACUCUCACCACAAGGCCACCUGCAGUGCUUCCGGGUUUCCAAGGUUCUCCUUUUUCCUGCCAGGACCAACCAUCACUACCUCACACACUAUGGCAGCUGUUAAUGGCGGCGUGAGCCGCUGCAGGAAGAGGGCAGAACCUUUGGCUCAGAUUUUCUCUGACGGACCAAGGAAGGAAGUUUCUUUGCAACGGUUCCCCCACAUAUCUCUUUCCUUUCUGCAGCGUGUUUGCUUUGUUUUAAAUAGCCAAACCUGUUGUUGUUGCAGUUGCUGUUUAAAGAUUAUCACCAGAAAGACGUUAGGCCUGGUCUGAGCUGUUUUGUGGUUAUAGCAGGGAAAAGGUUAGGGUUGGGAUAUUUCCCAUACCAGGCAGGAUGGAGUAUGGCUGGAUCCCUGCUUGGUGCUCAUGCUCCCGUUUUCCCACCAUUCUAGGGCUUCCUGCCGGGUUUCUUGUUUCUUGUAAACUAGGGAUGUAGCUAUAAUGGGAGGGGGGCACAUGUCCCUGGGCAUUUCCAGAGGGAAGGGGGCCCCACUAUCUGAGCAACAGCUCACUUUUUGCUCUCGCCCUCCCACCUCCCUGACUCACUGGCAUGCUGCUGGCUCCAGACUGGAGGGUGCAUCUUGGCUUCAAGCCAAGGUAUAUCUGCUUUAAAAGAAAAUGUUUCUGAGCCAGGGAAAUGCGUGCAUGUGAGUGUGUGUGGGAAAGCGUCUGCAUGCUUGGGGAGGGUGUGAUAUUAUUUGCAGAGGAGUGAGGGAAGGGGCAUGCUGAGAAUGUUUUUUGUUGCACCAAAUCCAUACGGUUAUUCUGCAGCAAAUAUAUGGGGGGCAGGGAGGAGGUUUUUUACAGGGAGUCUGGGCGGGGGUGGGGUGGGGGUCAAAGGCCCAUCCACUUUUUGUCCCAGGGCUCACUCCAGCCUUGCUACUUGCUACACCCCUGUUGUAACCAGAUCGUUGAUUCUUCGACCUGAUCUCUUUUACAUCAAUGGGCUUUGCACACAUGCAAAGACCACGCCGGGAACAUUCCAAGCGUCUUGAUCCUUGUUUUGCCAGGAACCCCACCUCCAACUGCCAUAUGCAGCUGCGCCUUGCCUCAGCUCUCAGAACGGGGCUGGCAAUGAGCAGAAAGCUCUUUUAAUUGCUUUAAUGACAAGAUUUGUUGUAAUUCAAUUUUUAGCUUUAAGCGUGCUAUUAUCCCCUCUGGGCUUUUGGAUACAGGAUAUGGCUGAACUCUAAGGAAAUGCACUGACCCACCUGUGCAUAGUGUUGGCAAGCCUCAUUCUGUGCAACCCUGUGAGAUCAUUGAGUAACAGCAAAGUACACAGCAAUCAGGUCAUUAGGAAGAGAAUGGAUGGCAGCCAUGGUGCCAAUUUUGAUGGCUUUGGAGAAUUUCAGGGAAAGUCUUCCAAAAUGGAUUAGUCUAAAAUCUUGUACUGAAACAGAGUUGGAAGCAAAGGGUACAAUCCAGACAAAUUUAAGCACAGACCCUAUUAUUUCCCUAUGAUUAUUAUUAUUAUUAGUAGUAGUAGUAGUAGUAUAUUUGUGUCAAUAUACAAAUAUAUUGUAUAUAUUUAUACAAGAGAUGUAUGCCUGUGGGACUUGAAAGGGCUUAAUUUUGGCUGAAUUGUGCUCAGAAUUCCAAAGCAAAUUCACGUUUGACUUUGCCUGCAAAAAUCUGAAUUUAUAUUCUCCCAGUUGAAUUCUCUGAGAACGUUUUCCCGUUUGUGGAUGCUCUUCAAUUUCAGGAUUUGUGGGAGGAGAAAGUAAAGCAGUUUGCCAAAUUCCUUAUUACCUUUGCACUUUCCCCAGUAAGGACUGAUAUUUCAGAAGUAUUUCAUCGCAAGAAUCUGAAAAUAAAAUUAAAAACAGCUGGAUGUGGUUCUGCUUCUGCCCAUCUCAGCAUUUGUUAAUCAACUGGAAAUGACAGCUCCUAGACCCAGAAUUGUCUAGUUGUUUAAUAGGCCUUUUAGUCUUAGGGUUGUUGUGGAUGCCUGCUCCUCUUUUGCUUGCCUGUGGCUUAGUUACAUUAACGAUGUUUAUCCCCAUCACCACCCCGGUUCUUUCAACCCAGCUGUGAUUACUUUUCACUUGUGGUUAAUUAAAAUUCACAUCUUGCAGAGACUAAUAUUUAUUAUCCUAAAUUCUCUUGCAGUAUUAUCCCAUCUCAUGGUUCUGACCUAUUCAUUGAUGGUGCUCUGCAUCUGUCCAUCUCUCUACACAGAGGUGCUCUUACCCCUGGACUUCAGGGCUGAAGUCUAGGGCCUCCACAGCCCCUGACCCCCCCCCCCAUACUCUUUAGUCUAUCCUGGGUGGUGUGGUUGCCUGGUAGAGCAUGAUGAUGCUUAAUUUGCAGCGGGGGGGGGACCUCCAAAGGCCUUUAGGUCCAGGCUCCAAAAUACCUAGGUGCACCUCUGUCUGCACCUGAUCUGUGCAUCUAUGCCUGUGCUUUUCUCUUCUGUGUAUUUAUUUAUUAUUACCAUUACUAUUACUAUUACUAUUACUAUUACUAUUACUAUUACUAUUUAUUCAAUUUCUAUACUGCCCUUCCAAAAAUGGCUCAGGGCGGUUUACACAGAGAAAUAACAAAUAAAUAAGAGGGCUCCCUGUCCAGAAAAUCGCCACUUUAAAAAGGUGCCUCUUUGCCAAGUUAGCAGGGUUUAUCUGUUUGUUUGCUGCCAAAUCUGAUGUAACCUUCAAUGCUCAUAGGGCUGCCUUGGGGCUCGAACUCUCACUUAUCAAAAGAUUGGACGGAAUUGGUUAUGGAAAGGUACAGAAGGCCAUCAGAUCCAGCCCUCAAUCCUGUGACAAACACCCAACACAUCAGUCCUCUGGAAAAAAAAUGUCAUGGCUAGAACUGUUUGUCUACAUCUGCCAUCUCUAGUGGAUGUUGUUCUUGGGGAUUCCCUUUCCAAUAUUCUUUCCAAUAUAAUAGCAAGCCAUUAGAAUCUCCAGGAUUGUUUUCAAUAGUCACCCAGAGAUUUAUGCCUGUACUGGAGGGUUGAUUAACCGCACACCAGACACUAUCUAUAUACAUAAAAUAAUAAAUAUCCCCAGCAGCACCUGGGGGGAACUAGGAGGGGGAGGCUGCAGAUAGCAUUGGUCAAUAGCUAAUCUUUUGAGUGGCUUGGCUAAGCCUUAUUGUAAUCACCUCUCUGUUUUGUUCUUUUGUAUUUCCUCUCUUUCCCCCUUGCUGUGCCCUGCCCUUUCUGCUUUCUCCUUCCCUGCCUGUUUUUCCUGGCCCUGAUUCUGACCAAGGAGAAGCUCCUGAUCUAGCUGUCUAACUUACAUCCUAGUGAACCCUUGAUUUCUGCACCUAUUUUCCUCGCCUCCCCCUUUUCACUUCUUUUUAAAUCUCUUUAUCCUUUUGGGUUGCAUACACAAGUCUUGCUUCCAGUAUUCAGGGAUUCCCAGCCUUGAGUCUCUAGAUGCUGUUGGUCCACAACUCCCAUCAGCCCCAGCCACAAUGGCCUUUGGGAUGAUGGUGAUGUAAACACAUCAAUGGGAGAUGUGGUCCAACAACACUGUGGGACUCCAGGUUGAGAACUCCUGCAUUGAUACAUCAACAUCAGUCAACAAGGGCUAGAAACGUUAUUACUGCUUUAAAAACAAAGUUUUGCAACUUUGGGGCAUAAAGACUGCACACUUGAAAUGCAUGAUGCUGAAACCGUAAGAACCAGCAAGGCAGGAGGAGAACAGUCUCACUCAAUGGACCUAAUAGUAUUUUAGUGACUCUCUCUUGUGAGUUUUGAGGUAGUUCCCUGUUUAUGGUCCCAAGUGAAAGCAAUUAGCAUUUGAAAAACUUUUGGUUUAUACUUUUUAACUGCAUAUACUGUGCAACUGAGUCCCACACGGGAACUGGUCCCCUCCUUUUUAAAAGAAAACUGUUUAUUGGUGACAUUGUGUUGUCUUUCCCUCUCCCUGAACUGUCUGUUUUUAUCAGCACCCUAAUUAAAGAGAGAAAGCAUUCUGUGUCCA